GGCAGGGGAAAAAGAGGGAGAAGCAUCGGGGAAGGUCGCAUUAGAAGGAGUGGGAGAUGAGGAAACGUUGUCGCGGGGCAGGGGAAAAAGAGGGAGAAGCAUCGGGGAAGGUCACAUUAGAAGGAGUGGGAGAUGAGGAAACGUUGUAGCGGGGCAGGAGAAAAAGAGGGAGAAGCAUCGGGGAAGGUCGCAUUAGAAGGAGUGGGAGAUGAGGAAAUGUUGGACGGGCUCUGAUGUUACAACUUCCCCUCAUUACUUGGUUACAUUUUAAAAACUGUCUUGUGUAAACGAUGACAUCUGCAACAAUAUCAAGCCAUUUGAAGAGGAUGAUUUAAGGAAUGCAUACUGUAAAUUCUUCGACAGAGAAGAGUUCUGAGAAUCUAAUUUUGUCAAUGACAUGUAAUAUACUCUAUUUCCAUUGGAACAGGCAUGUGCUUCUUUUAAUAAUAACGUUUUCGGUUCCGGACUCUGCAUGCCACUGAAGUCGUACACAAACAGUACAGGCCGUAACACAGCGUUAGCUAUAAGGUGGACACCACAGGAGGCUGGUGGGUGGAGCUAUAGGAGGACGGGCUCAUUGUAAAGAAUGUAAUUAAUGGAACGGUAUCAAACACAUCAAACAUAUGGAAACCACACGUUUGACUCAUUCCAUUCCAUCCAUUACAAUGAGCCUGUCCUCCCAUAGCACCUCCCACCAGCCUCCACUGGUGAACACACAUCAUAGGUAAUUGUUUAGUACAGACCAAUAGACAAGGGUUCCAAGCAACCAAACAGAAAGUGGGAACUCCUAUCUAAAAGGCCAAUGAUUGCCUGGACAAUUUCCCCACGAGAGAUAAAUGAAGUAUUGGCUCAGUUAGAGCAUGGCACUUAUAACACCAGGGUUGUGGGUUUGAUUCCCACGGGGACCAGUACGGGAAAAAGUACAAAAAUGAAUCCACUCACUACUGCAAGUGGUUCUGGACAAGAGCAUCUGCUAAAUGACAAAAAUGUAAAUAUAAAUUACGCUUAAUGUAAGUUACAUUGUCAAGUUCUUGACUGGCACUAUGAUUUGGCUUGUCUCUCCCAUCACAGUGAGAGCUUUGUCCCCCAACACAGACAAAGUGACAGACCAGGGAGUAGUACACAGCUGUCAUUGGAGCAAAGAAAGGUCUUUGUCACCUAUGAGAGAGACAACGACAACCAUUUUAAAGAGACCAUGAACUUUGUUUCCCUGCUGCGUCACAACGGCUUUGACACUAGUGUGGAUGUAUUUGAGCAGCAGCUCAUAAGUAUUAGCGCCAUUGACUUCAUGGAAAAAUACAUCAACGAGAAAUAUUACCUUAUCAUCAUUGUUAUCAGUCCCAAGUAUCAUGAGACCGUAACGGGGGCUAAUAUCUAUAUGGAGAAAGACGAAAGGAUGUUACACACAGUCUAUAUCUAUAAGCAGCUGCAGAAUGAGUUCAUUCAGAAUGGAUGCCAGAACUUCAGAUUCAUUCCCAUACUGUUUCCAGGAGCUAAAAAGUGCCAUGUUCCUGCCUGGCUCCAGAACACUCUAGUCUACACCUGGCCAAAGGACAGAGACGACAUCCUACGUCGACUGAUGAGAGUGGAGAAGUACAACCCUCCGCCUGUUGGGGAGCUACCCACCAUCGUCUCCACCCCCCUCUAGAACUACAGCCUGUUGGGUUUACUUUACAGUGAAGUCCAGUCAUGCUGUUUUUCCAUUAGGACUGGGUCCUAAUCCCAGCCUUUUUUGGGGUGAAGGCACUAGUGUUAUUCUAGGGAAUUUGUGUUUCCAUAGCUAUGGCUGAGUGACACAAAGUUGUGAAGCACAUAAUCAAUAACCUCUGAAUACUCUUGUCUUUUGAGAACAUCUGUUGCAGUAUUCUGCCCAGGGAGGUUGCAAUAAAUUGGAUUUGAUUGAUAUUUA